AACAACUCCCGAGUUGAUCAGUUCAACUCCGGAUUUCUUCAUGAUGAGAGCAAUAAUAUUAUUCUUAACAGCUGUCCAAACAAUAGUGUCUUCUUUGACGGCACCUCAAUAUAAAGAAGUACCUUCGAAUUGUGAUCAUGAAUGGAAAGGUCUGGAAAGUCCUUUAAAUGGAGCCAGCUUGCACGUAGCCCUGGCAUUAUGUUCCAUUUCUGAUUACCAACAAGAUUGUGUGGGCGUUCGCUGUAACACGACAACCGCCGAAUGUGAUUUGAUCACAAACACCACUCAAUUUGUGAGGUGCCUAGAGCAAGUGAAGCCCUUUGAAACGUUGCUCUAUUUACGAAGUCAAUUCGUGAAGUCUCGUCCCGAACUCACCAUCGUUGAUCUAGAGCAAGGACUUUUGGUUCCUGCGUCAAUCCAAGGAUUUUCAUCGCUUCAGAUUCCUCCUUUGCCAAGGUCCAAAUUGCAAACUCAAAAGGGAGACACCUUGAUAGUUUGCAUGGAAGUGACAAAGAAGUGUCAGAAAUGGAAACCAAGCGUAGAUGAAUGGACACCGAUGGCCUCAUUGCACAGAGAACAUAAAGCAGGCUGCAUGAGUCUUUUCAGUGGACAACCCAUUGUGAUAGGAGGGAGGGAUCAGGCCGGACUUCAUGGCGUUGUAGAGAUCUUUGAUGAACAAACCCAUGAAUGGAUUAUUGGCCCGACCAUUCCAGUUUGGGAACACGAAAGACCUCUCUCUGUCAUCAAGGUGAACCAAUCAACAAUUGUAGUUGUUGGUGGUAAUUUGAGAUCCAUGAAUAUACUUCAUAAGCAAGAUAUGAUCUGGCACCCAUUGGCAAAUUAUCCCAUGCAACGCUGGCUUUUGGUUUGCGGGCUAUUGGAUACUGAUCUCAUCUUAUGCAUCGGAGGCCGUGAUUUCUACAAUAGGAAUCAAUCCUCUGCGUAUGGACUUAAUCUAGCUCUGGUGAACUCAACUUGGACCAAAAGAGCAAAGUUUUUGACUAAUAAGGGUGUUGCGGUUGGUUUUUUGUUCAAAUUUCGGCAAGAGCUUUACUGCAUGUCUACUCAAAACGGAAACUAUGCAAAGGUGAACCAAUUACAGGGAAUGAAUUUGACCGAAGCGAAUUCCAAAUGGAAACUAUUGAAAAUAUAUCCAAACGACGUUUUUUCUUCCGUUGGACCUUACAUUGUCAGGGGGUUUGAAAUUGAAAUAUAGACGGGUGAUUUCGAGGGAAGUCUUAGACAACGACCACUACCAUACACGUAGUAAGAAGGAAUACCAUGUUAUGCCAACUAAAGAUUGCACCUGCAAUGUUUGCAGCCAAUUUCCUUACCAUUUCCAUAACGUGUAUAAUUUCUGUGACGAUAAGGAUGAAAAAUCAUUGCAAUAAACAACAUUCAAAAGGCAUUAAAAUUUGAA